CGAAUACGUAUAAAGAAAAGUAACGAUAAAAACUGAAAAAGAAAAAGACCAAAGAGGAAAUUAAAAGAAAAAAGAAAAAUCAAAAUACGAAAAACGAAAAAUGUCAGAGGUAGAGGAAGGAGAAGAAGAAGAAAGAUCGAGUGCGGUUACAGGUUCGAGAAGUUUCGAUCUUCCCGAUGAAGUUCUUCAAGUUCUACCGUCCGAUCCAUUCGAGCAGCUAGAUGUGGCCCGCAAAAUCACAUCCAUUGCUCUCUCGACACGUGUCUCUGCUCUCGAAUCAGAGUCGUCCGAUCUCCGGGAGCUUCUCGCCGAGAAGGAGAAAGAAAUCGCCGAGCUCCAAUCUCACGUGGAGUCUCUCGACGCGUCUCUCUCCGAUGCGUUACAGAAGCUUUCCCUCGCCGACGGUGAAAAGGAGAAUCUGCUGGGAGAGAAUGCUUCGUUGUCUAGUACUGUGAAGAGACUCCAGAGAGAUGUCUCAAAGCUUGAGGGAUUCAGGAAGACGCUUAUGAUGUCUCUUCAAGAUGAUGACCAAAAUGCAGGAACAACGCAAAUCAUUGCUAAACCAACACCAAAUGAUGAAGAUUCUCAAUUUCAACCUUCAAGACAUUCAUCAAUCCAAUCUCAAGCUUCUGAAGCUAUUGAAUCAGCUACAACGGACAACGAAAACGAAGCUCCUAAACCGGGUUUAGCAAACAGUCUCCCAUUAGUAUCUCAAACCAAUACUCCUCGGCUUACUCCUCCUGGUUCACCACCAACACUAUCUGCUUCCACUACUCCUAGAACCACCUCGAGACCUCUCUCUCCUCGUCGCCAUUCUGUUUCAUUCUCCACCACAAGAGGCAUGUUUGAUGAUACUAGAUCUUCUAUUUCAAUCUCAGAGCCUGGAUCCCACGCCGGAAGAACUCGUGUUGAUGGAAAAGAGUUCUUCCGACAAGUCAGGAGCCGGUUAUCUUACGAGCAGUUUGGUGCGUUUCUUGGAAAUGUGAAGGAUCUUAACGCUCACAAGCAAACAAGAGAAGAAACGCUUAGGAAAGCUGAAGAUAUAUUUGGAAGUGAUAAUAGAGAUCUCUACGUCGUAUUCGAGGGUUUGAUCACUCGCAACGCUCACUGAGAGUUUGCUUCUUUUAUUACACGUAAAAAAAUUACUUAAGAUUCAAUCUGCAAAAUAUUCAAUUUCUUUGUUUUCUUGGCCGUCAAGUAAGACCAAGUGAGACUGACAAUUUGAUUGUAUCAUACUAUCAUUUAUGUGCUCUUCGUGUAUCUAUCAAUCUCUCACAUCUUCAAUAAAUUACAUCUCAUCAU